UACAAACUGUGCCGAAGCAGCACAUGCCAUGAGUAAUCGUGAAGGCAAACAACUCAAGCUAAUGACAGCAAUACUAAGAGGGCAAAAGCUAGACAUGCGCAAUUUUAAAAGAAUUAAUAUAAAAGCCAAUUACAAUGUUAAUAUAAGUGGUCAAGACAAAAGUGGUAUUGCACGAAAAAAAUUGGCUAUUAAACGAAGCACAAAACGGCAAUCUAAAGCUAAUUCUUCAACAAAAAAUAAAAAACAACGAAUAUCCAAAGUAAUCGAUUUAACUGAUGAAACAUCACAAGAAUCUCAAAGCAAUAAUAAACCCAAGGAACCUGGUAUGACGAUGAUGGAACAAUUAGAAUAUGAGGAACGCAUGUUGAUGAUUGCAGAGCGUAAAGAAAAAUUAAGAGAAUUAUGA